ACUCUUCUAGAGUCUUUAAAAAAAGGGCAUUUGCUGUCAGGCAUUGGUGGAGAGGCACAAAGAGCCUGAGGCUGGGGAGGCCCUAACUCACUUUGAGCAGCAAGAGGACGAAAUGGGUGACCUUCUGCUGGAGCUUGAGUGCCCAUGGCUGGUUGUACCAGCAGUUAAUCUCCUGCUUUCUCCCCAAGGGCAAAGGAACCUGACUCUUGCUCCCCUCCCCCAGACCACUGGUUCCUUACCCAUCUGCCCAUCCAGCAGUGAUGAUCCCCUGUGUACGGAGGGCAAGCCUGGCACAGGAUGGGAUGCCUGUGUCUGCUCCAAUCCUGCCACACCAUUUCCUAUUGGGGGGGGGGAUUUCCUCCAGAUCUCAGUUUCUCAGGCCAUGAAAUGGGGUGGCUCUGGGAGUGGAGAGGGAUUGUCGUUUCCAUGGAUACUCUGGCUCCAGUAAGUGGUAAUAAAAGUGUCAAAGAAGGAAUCUCAGAGGAGAAAAGAAGAGGGGCUCAUAACGAACCAGAAGGGGUUGGAUAGGGUCUUGGCUUGGGGUUCCAGCUCACAGUGUGAGGCCCCAAAGCAGUGACAUCAUAUGCCAGCCCUCAGAUUAGCAGAUGCCUCCCUCUUCCUCUAGGGUCACUUUUCCCCACGAUUACAGUUCUGAUCCCCCUCCCCUGAGGUGGGGUCCCCCCUCUCCCAUGAGCCCAGCCCUUUCCCCAAGACUGCUUCAGAAAUUGGGGGGGAAGGGGACAAAAGAAGGGAGUAAGGCUAGAACAUUCCUGUAUUGGGCCUAGAGGAGGGAGGAGCACUUCCUUACCUGAGGGCCAGCCUCUCCCCUUGUUUGCUCUGAGAUAGCUGGUCUUGCUGGGGCCCAGUACCAGGAGGCUGCCCUGUGGGCACUCCCUUCCUUCUCCCAGACCCAGACACCCAGCCGGACCAACAGUUGGCAGGACAUGACCAUGGCCUGGCUCCCGGGGUCCUUCCUCUGCGGAGCCCUGCUGGGCUGGGUCUGCUUAAGUGUCCCCGGGCUGGCGGUGGAGGUGAAGGUGCCCGCCGAGCCCCUGAGCGCGCCCGUGGGCAAGACGGCAGAGCUGAUCUGCAGCUACAGCACGUCCGUGGGGGACAACUUCGCCCUGGAGUGGAGCUUCGUGCAGCCCGGGAGGCCCAUCUCAGCGUCCCAACCUAUCCUGUACUUCACCAAUGGCCAGCUGUAUCCAACUGGUUCUAAGUCAGAGAGGGCCAGCCUUCUUCAGAACCCCCCCACAGGAGGAGUGGCCACCCUGAAACUGACUGAUGUCCGCCCCUCAGACACUGGAACCUACCUCUGUCAUGUUAACAACCCUCCAGAUUUCUACACCAAUGGGUUGGGGCUAAUCAACCUUACUGUGCUGGUGCCCCCCAGUAGUCCCUUGUGCAGUCAGAGUGGUCAAACCUUCGUGGGGGGCUCUGCUGCAUUGAGAUGCAGCUCUUCCAAGGGAGCCCCCAGGCCAGUGUACAACUGGGUCCGCCUUGGAUCUUCUCCAACACCUUCUCCUGGCAGCAUGGUGCAAGAUGAGGUGUCUGGCCAGCUCAUUCUCACCAAUCUUUCCCUGGCCUCCUCGGGCACUUACCGCUGUGUGGCCACCAACCAGAUGGGCAGUGCGUCCUGUGAGCUGACCCUCUCAGUGACUGACUCUUCCAAAGGCCGAGUGGCCGGGGCUGUGAUCGGAGUGCUCCUGGGUAUGCUGUUCCUGUCGGUUGCUGUGUUCUGCCUGAUAAGGUUCCAGAAAGAGAGAAGGAAGAAGCCCAAGGAGAUAUAUGGGGGCAGUGACCUACGGAAUCCAGGAUUCCUGGGAGAGGGUUUAGAAGAAUCAACAGAACAGUUCCUUGGCAAGAAAAAUCACACUGGAGCUCAAAGCUGGGAGAAGUGUGAAGAUGGACUUUACCUCUCAGUGAGCCAGUCUCCCUCCACCCACGGGGAGAGGCCAGGAGCUAUUUUCCCUUGGACUCUCCAUUUUGCAUCUCCUCAGGAUGUACUCAAACACGGAAGAGAGGAGAUGGUCUGAGAGAAGUUACCGGGACAAGGCUUCACUCCAGAAUAGGACAAAGGAAAGAUAAGCAGGAGCAAGAAGCCCUUUCCACACUCAAGAGGAAGUAUUGUCAAUAGCCUACCAUUUGACCACUGCCCUUGCUCAGGCAUAGUAACAUUGUUUUACAGAUGUUAUUCUUUCUUAGUCCUGACAACAAAGCUAUGUCAUCUCUUUUAUUGUUAUUCCAGCUUAUCCCUAAUAAAACUGAUGAUUAGAGUUUUAAAAA